GCAAAGGAAAGAAGGACAUUAUUUCACUGGACUGUUUUCACUGAAAUUUUUUGAUUUGCUACUUUUUCCUUACCUUUUUUUAGUUUUAUACAGAUACAUACACACAGUACCAUUUCACCAGCAAACUGCCACGAUGUCCAGGGUAGCCAAAUACAGAAGGCAAGUCAGUGAAGAUCCAGACAUUGACAACUUAUUGUCUACUCUGUCUCCGGAGGAGAUGGAAGAGCUAGAAAAAGAGCUGGAUGCAUCUGACACAGAUGGAAGCCUUCCACUGGGGCUCGGGCAGAAAGACCAAACGAGUGGGAAGUACAGCCGAGAAAAGGAGCCCAAGAAAAGUUUGCAGAAGGAACAGACAGUGGAUGAAGAGAAGCCAGUGGAGAAGAAGAAGGAAGGAAAGAUUCUUGAUGAAAAGCGUAAGGAUAUUCAUAGCAAAGAUGUGAGAAGAAACAAAACUUUUGACCUCGGAAAAGAAUGUAAAAAAGAAGAAAAUGUCCAGAAAUCAAAUCAAAAAGCAAAGGAUGAACCGGACAGUAUUAAGAAAACUGGAAAGGUAAAAGAGAAGUCUUCGAAAGAGGACAAGACAGUCUUGAAGGAGAAAAACAAAACAGAGGACAGGAGUACAACUGCCAGAGUGAAAGGGGAAGAAAAGAAUACAGCAUCAAAAAACAAACUAGCUGAGGACAAAGGGAAAGAGGAGAAGGCAGCUGAUUUAAAGAGAGGCAUUGAGAAGGACAGAAAGAGAGAAGAUAAAAAAGAAACUGAGAAAACAGGAGAUAAAAGUUCAACUUUAAAGCAAGGUUCAAAGAUAGAAAGUGAAGAGAAAUCACCAAGAGACAGCAAAGUCACCUCAGAGGGGGAAAGCUCUAAACCAAGAGAGGAGAAAUCACCAAGAGACAGCAAAGUCAUCUCCGAGGGGAAAAGCUCUAAACCAAAGGAGGAGAAAUCACUAAGAGACAGCAAAGUCAUCUCCGAGGGGAAAAGCUCUAAACAACAGCAAGAUACAAAAAUGGAGGUGACUCCUGACAGCAGCUCCUCAGCAGACAGUUCUUCCAACGAGAACAAGGAAGAGGAAGCCACCAGUAUCUUUGAUGAGCCAUUGGAAAAAGUGAAGAAUAAUGAUCCAGAGUUGACAGAAAUUAACGUCAAUAACUCCGACUGUAUUAAUAAUGAAAUCUUGGUGCGCUUUGCAGAAGCCUUAGAAUUCAACACUGUGGUCAAGGUGUUUGCAUUGGCCAACACCCAUGCCGACGACCAUGUUGCCUUUGCCAUAGCCAUAAUGCUGAAGUCAAACAAGACUCUGACUAGCAUAAAUCUAGACUCUAAUCACAUCACAGGCAAAGGGAUCCUUGCAAUCUUCCGUGCACUGCUGCAGAACAAUGCCCUGACAGAGUUGCGCUUUCACAACCAGAGGCACAUUUGUGGAGGGAAAACUGAGAUGGAGAUAGCCAAGCUGCUGAAGGAAAAUACCACGCUGCUGAAGCUGGGUUAUCACUUUGAGCUAGCAGGACCUCGCAUGACUGUCACCAACCUCCUGAGCAGGAACAUGGACAAGCAGCGACAGAAACGCCUGCAGGAGCAGAAGCAGGCUCAAGAAAAGGGGGAGAAGAAGGAUUUCCUGGAGGUACCAAAGACAGGAGCCCUGCCAGCUGGUUCACCUAAGGCUUCUCCAAAGCCAUCCCCUAAAACUUCCCCCUGGUCUUCUCCCAAACCUCCUAAGAAAGCAGGAGCCCCAGAUGCACCUCCCCCACCUCCACCCCCUCUGGCUCCUCCUCUGGCCCCUCCCCUGAUCAAUGAAAGUUUAAGGAAUUCUCUUUCCCCAGCAACUCAGAGGAAGAUGGUAGAAAAAGCUCUUCCUCCACAAGAGAAGAACUCUCGGGAUCAACUUCUGGCAGCUAUUCGCUCCAGCAACCUCAAACAGCUGAAGAAGGUGGAGGUUCCCAAAUUGCUGCAAUAGAGGAUGGAAUCUAGAUUUCCUGGAAGGAUGAGAUUGCCAAGGCUGAAUCACCAUGUUUGUCUCUCAAGUGACUGUUUACAUGAAACAGACUCAGCAGGAGACUGUCCUGUACAGUCCCAGAAGACCAGUGUUCUACAAGGGAUUGAAUUGGAGGGAUGGACUGAAUGGGCUGCCAAGGAGGCCUGGGUAUCGGGAAGAAAAGCGCUAUUUAUUUUCAGAAACUUUUGCUCCAAGGAGGGAGUCUGCAGAAGCUUGUAUAUCUGGUUGGUUUGUCCCAUUUUUCUUUAAGAGAGUUUAGAAAGUAAAGUGGCAGAUAGGAUAAGUCUUGAGAGAAUCUAUAUUCAGAGCAUCCCUGCUUGUCCUUCCAGUUACCAGGCAACAACACUGCAAUAAUCUGCCUCUAGAAAUGCAAGAACAAAACCACACUGGAGCAGCAUCACUGGGGGAAAACUAUUGGACCCAUCUUCAGCACAAGAUGACUCUAAAGAAAUAGCACUGGUGCUUGGCAUCUGCUACUAGAACGAACUGGCAGCACUAAUGUCAUUCUACCUGGAAUCUAACCAAGUAGGAGGAUGAGGGAGAAAUCACUGGGCCAAAUCCCAUUUUCCAAUAUCUCUGUGAUUUUUAGGAUUCUGUUGCUCUGAUAGUGCAAAGAUAGAAGCAUAUAGAACAAGAGUUCUCUAAUCUUCACAGGAGGUGUAAAGAACACUGUGUGUUUGUCUAAAGAGUGUAUUAAGAGCGUCUUGUGGUAUCAAGAACCUAGUGCUAAGCACAUGAGUGGGUAAUGGAACUAAACAGAUUGUGGUCCAUGUUACUGGGGGUGGGGCUACACUGUUCUAGCACCUUGGAAGUGAAUGGUAUCUUCCAAACUAGUUUGGGAAUCUGUUAACCUAAUUGGGAGGGAAGAAACAAGUUAAGGUUGGUCAUUUGUUGGAGGCGUUGGAAAAGGCAAGCAAUGACUGUUACUUGUCUUAUAUAAUAAGGCCUUGAAACCACACUGGAAAAUGUCGUACAGUAUCACAAAACUCAAGGCAAACACUGAGAAUGUCUUAUUGAUAUCCUUCAAGCACCAGGGCUCCAGGAGUAUCCUGGAUGAGAUGAAGAGAACCUAUUAGUCAACACAAAACUGCUUCCUACAUGCUAGGGCUCUCGUUGCCUGUAGAGAUAGUGAUAUUUGGGGGGGCAGAAAAUUUCUGUGCCAGUUCCUUUAAAAAAAAAGUUAUAUAUGUUGAUUUAAAGGUAGAGAAAUCCCCAAGAAAGUGGUAUUUGCAGGUUAUAGAUCAACAUCUCCUACAUUGUGGUCCAGAAUCCAUGACGUUUGAUCUAUUGAAUGUCAACUCCACUUCCCUUGUUGCCUCUCCCAUUCUACACACAUCAGCAUCAAAGCUUACAUUACCUUUGCAGUAUGGCUGCCACAAAAUAUUCCUUUGAGGUUAGUUUCAGGUGGGUAGCCAUGUUGGUCUGCAGUAGAAGAUCUGAUUGCAGUAGUACCUUAAGGACCAACAAGAUUUGGGGGGUAUAAGAAUCAUCAGUUAUCUGAUGAAGGGAGCUUUGACUCUUAAAAGCUUGUACCCUGAAAAUCUUGUUGGUCUUUAAGGUGCUACUGGACUUGAAUUUGGCUGUCCUUUGUGGUUGGUUCUUAUGUUCCCUUGGUAAUUCAUGGAAGCUCUGAUCACAUGGACAUCCCAAUCGCAUCUCACACCAGCAUCAUCAGCCCUGAUGGUGGGAAGCAGCCAGGUGAAAGUAGCACCCACAUAAUCCAAACUACUCGUGUGGAGUGAAGCAUCCAUAUGCUACUAAUUUAGCAUUUGAGAUCACAAUAAGGGAGGAAUUUUGUAGUGACAAACAUGGCACAAGGGUGACUUAUAAAGUGAAUCUGAGAAGAGUAAUGAUUAGCUUUGCAUCAGCAUCCUCUUUUUGCUGCUUGUUGGUAACUGCCAUUUUUCUGACUCAAGACCAAGAAGUUUGUCUGUUGACUGAACAAAGUAGUUAGCAGGAACACUCAGAGUGAAAUGAAGAAAAAUGUGCAAAAGGAGCCCAGCUAUAACUAUCAGGGAUGUGUUAUAAUUAUUAAGAAGCAAUUUCUCCACUAGGGUGAAUAAUGGGCAGUUUAAUCACAAACCACUUUAGCUGGAACGCUUGGAUAUUUCCUGUUUCAUGCUCUUCAGUAUCAGUCCAAGUACUGUAGCUUAACUGGUUUGUGAAUCAGGAUGUAUAGUUUUUUUUAAAAAAAGAAUCUAUGCAUUGGUUUAAAAGUUUAAUAUAUAGAAGUAUGGAUAAAUCUAGUCACUCUCUCUGGAGCAGAGUUUUAUUUCUCCCACAAAAACUGCUAAAGGAUGCCCACACCAAGACACCACCACUCAGUGCAGGUACAAAUGAGUCUAUUUAUACUAACCUGCAAACAACUGCUUCUCUGCAACAUGAUUAUGCCUGUGUCUGCCCUUCCAUGGAGAACAAGUGAAGCUCCAAUGACAGCACUUACAGAGACUCAAUGUGGCUUUCUUUUCUUGCCAGACAACCAAAUUAACAUGAUACAUGGAUUCCUGUUUCUAAAGUCCUAAAAAGAAAGUGAAUUUAUGUAUUGCCUCAAAAAUGUCAUAUUGCUUUUACCAAAAGCAGGGGCAUGCAAAGCAAUCUUGGUCUUACAUGUUCAGGACAUGGGCGGGGCAGGGGGGAGAAAAAAAGGGACAAAUCACUUGAGUUCAAAUGCAGGGACUACUGUGGGUUUCAGCUCUGUAGCUCAUGAAUGUAAAUCAUAUUUGCAUAUGUACAAAUUCACUCACACCUUCAUUAAUAAAGCUCACACAAUGCU